ACAGGGUGACUUUCCAUCAUGGAAAAUGGUCAACCUGUGGUAGAAAACUCCGCCGCUGGACUGUCCGUCGCUGCACCGUACUGUACUGUACUGUAUUCCCAUCUUCCUUCCCAAUCAUUCUUCCAACAAAUCAACAAAUCAUGACCGUUCCAGCCCCCGCCAGCCUCGUUUUCGAGACCUGCACACCUGCGACUUACGACGAGUUUCUGGAAUUCGCCGCCCAGUGCAAUAGUGACCGCAAGACUCAGUACUGCUUGCACGUCGAUGAGACAGCCGUGGGAAUCAAGAACGACCUUGUGCAAUAUGAAGUUGAUCCUUUCAAGACCUGGUUUGGAGCCAGGAGCACAAAUAGCGGCAAACUCCUGUCCGUCGUCGGGUUCGAAGUGAACGAAGCGAGUGCUACAGGCUGGAUUCACGGACCAUGGGUCUCAUACGACGUCGCGGACCCCAACAACGUGAUCCGCCGAUGGACCUUUGACCAGGCCGUUGCGGCUCUUCCCGUCAUGAACAUCAUCAGGACCUACUACGACAUGCGUAGUCAAGACGUCCUCGAGGCUCUAAAGGUCAUGGGCUUCACCCCUGCAGACAAGAUGUCUUUUGGCAUGCAAAUGGACGCCAAGGACGUGCGCGGUGUCCCCUGCCCAGCCCUAUCUCCGUCCGCCGCCGCCGCCGCAGAGUCUUUCCUCGUCCGCCAGAUAAAGAUCGAUGAGAAGGACGAUCUCGCUGCCGUACGCGCCCUGCAUGGCAAAACCUUCAAAGACCCUCUGCACGAGUUCAAAGAGGACUCCGUGAUCUGGAACUUUGGCGUGUACAGGAAAACCCCCGACUCCGACGCCACAACACCACCCCCAGCAUCGGCGCUGGUUGGGUACGCGUGCGUCAGAGGUCAAGGCGACAUGCCCACCUGCUACAUCGCCUUCCUCGGCAUCGAAGAGGCCGAGCGCGGCAAAGGGCUCGGACGGUUGCUCCUUGCUACUAUCCGCAAGUGGUUCGCUGAGGAGGAAACCACCCAGCUUGACCAGAUGACGUUGACGGUCGAUGCGGACAACCUGCGCGCUAAGGGAAUCUACCUCGAAACGGGCUUCAAGGAGAUUUGCACGGGCGUUGGACCUCUCGGCGAGCGCGACAAGCUGAAGCCCUUGACUGCGGAUGAGGUCGCUGAGGCGUUCAAGAAGGCCGAGACUUUGUGAAGAAUGAUAUUCUGAACCGGACGAUAGAUAUACCUUUUAGAGUAGAACAUAUAUAUACCGUGUAGCGCUACGGAGGGGUGUACUCGUUGUAGUUUUGUUAGGAGCUUUAGUUCCUCUUAAUAUGAACAACGACUGCCGGCGUAUGUUUCCUGCAAGACACAAAGUACAGUAAUAGCAGAAUCAAUGGAGUGGCUCG